CCAUGGCAGGGAAGAAGGUGCUGAUCGUGUACGCCCACCAGGAGCCCACGUCUUUGAACGGGUCCCUGAAGAGAGCGGCCGUGGAGGAGCUGAGCAAGCAGGGCUGUACGGUCACUGUGUCCGACCUAUACGCCAUGGACUUCGAGCCCCGGGCCACAAGGAAAGACAUUACCGGGGCCGUCUCUAACCCCAAGGUCUUCAGUUAUGCAGUGGAAGCCUACGAGGCCUGCAAGCAGAGGUCUCUGAGCAGCGACAUCAUUGAGGAGCAGAAGAAGGUCCAGGAGGCAGACCUGGUGAUAUUCCAGUUCCCACUGUACUGGUUCAGUGUGCCAGCCAUCCUGAAGGGCUGGAUGGACAGGGUGCUGUGCCAGGGGUUUGCCUUCGACUUCCCAAAAUUCUACGAUUCUGGCUUCCUCAAGGGUAAAUUAGCCCUUCUGUCGCUGACCACGGGCAGCACAGCCGAGAUGUACUCAAAAGCCGGGAUCAGCGGUGAUUUCCGGUACUUCUUGUGGCCCCUGCAGCACGGCACGUUGCACUUCUGUGGAUUUCAAGUCCUCAGCCCUCAGAUCAGCUUCGCUCCGGAGCAUGCGUCUGAAGAAGAAAGGAAAGCCAUGGUGGCGUCCUGGGCCCAGCGGCUACAGACCAUCUGGCAGGAAAAGCCCAUCCAGUGCACCGCCCCCUGGUACUUUGGACAGUGACCCUGCUGGCCAGCCUGCGCACCACCCCAGAUUGACGUGCCAGCUCAAGGACCAGCUUCUUGGU